AUGUCGUUCCGGCGCUUCCUUGGCCUCUCCGCCGCCGCAUCCGGCCGCCUAGGCCGCGGGUUCUCCACGGCCGCCCGGCAACCUCCGUGGGAUAUGAUCCACAAGCUCGCGUCGGUGAAUACGCCGGCGCCGCGCGCGUCGCUCCGGCUCUCCGAACCCCCGUGCGCCUCCCGCCUCGUCGUCCCCGCCCACCUCGUACGCCCGCCGCGCGACGUCGACCCCCCAGGAGACACCAUAUACGCGGCCUUCGGCGGGAUCGUCAAGGCCGGGAGCGGCGACGGCCUCCUCCUCACCUUCUUCGAUAUCCCCGCCACGGCCCCCGUUGUCCCCGGAGCCAUCAGUGCCGGAGGCAUUCGGCGACGCGUGGUGACUGGACUUGUCAUGGACCCUGAAGUCAUGCGCUUUGUCUGCAACCCCCUCAGCGGCCAGCUGUUCCUCCUCCCCGACAUCGACGGCACGACGAAGACGGUGCAGUACACGAACGUCGGCAUCCUCACCCAAUCCGGACGCCCGGAUCAACCGCCUGACAAGUACACCGUCGCUGUGCUCAACAUCAGCCAGGACCGGAGCUUCGUCAUGCGGCGAUUUCUCUCGCAAACAGGGAAGUGGGACAAGCUGGUGGGUUUGCCGUCCCCGACCCCCCCCUCGCGCGCCCAUGGACAUGGACAUGGGCGCACUCCACGAGGCGGUGGCCUUCGCCGGCCGGCUGUGGUGGGUCGACGUGACCUGCGGCGCCCUCUCCGUAGACCCGUUCAGUUCAGCGACCGGCCGGAGCUCCGCUUUACCGAGCUGCCGAGGGGCAGCGUGACUGAGCCCAUGGACACGGAGAGGCGUGAGGAGCUUAGCAGGUACCCGGCGCAUCGAUGUCAGCGAGGGGAGGCUGCGCUACGCCGAGGUGUCUCAGGAGGAGCCUUUCCUGCUCAGCUCCUUCACUCUUGA